AAGUUAGUGGGCUUUUUUUUGCUGGACCGGCCCAUGAACCCAAGUCGUGUACUCGUCUGCUGGUGUUUUUCGCGCGAUGAAAGCGUGGGGAAACCCCGCGUCGUCGCUGCCGGGUCGCCAUGUCCGAGCUCCGCGUGUCGAGAGCACGAGCCACCUCCGGACUCGCCGCGAUCCACUUAUUCCUCGCUCCCAAUGCUAUGCAUGGCCGCAUGCUUCUUCUUCUUCUCCACGUCCCCGGCCUCUCUUCUCGCUCUUUCUCUCCCCUCGUUUCUCUCUCCCUCUCUUGAUCUGUGUGCGUCUUGCGCGCGUUGUUUGGGCGAGAGCUCUGGCGGCUGCGCGCGCGGGUGUUCUCUUCGUGGCGAGAUCGGCGUUGAUGCGCGGCGCGGCGUGGCGGUGGUGGGCGUGCGUGCGAUGAGGAAGCUGUGCCCGAACCUGGACCGCGACGACUCGCUGGACACCGUGCUGGAGGUGCCCAUCCCCGAUGAGAUGCUCAUCAACGCGCCAGGCACCGACAAGCGCCGCGGCGCCGGCGGCGCCAACAUGCGCGCGUGGCUCAAGAACCAGGCGUUCGACCGCGCCACCGUCGGCGGCCCCGCCAACGCAACCGCCGAGCUCCAGCUCUUCCUCAACGUCGUCGGCUCGCCGCUCAUCCCCUGCCCCGUCCCCCACGACCGCGCCUUCAGCCGCUCCAUCCGCGACUCCUCCAUCCAAGCGUCGACGGCCAAGUACAUCAUGCAGCAGUACAUCGCGGCGACGGGCGGGCAGGCGGCGUUGCAGGGGCUGCAGAGCAUGUACGCCGUGGGAAAGGUGCGGAUGUGCGCGUCGGAGUUCCACCUCGGCGACCAGAACGUGACCGCCGCGCAGGGCCGCGCCGAGGUCGGCGGGUUCGUGCUCUGGCAGAAGUGCCCCGAGGUCUGGUACUUCGAGCUCAUCAUGGCCGGCCACAAGAUGAGCGCCGGCAGCGACGGCAAGGUCGCCUGGCGCCAGUCCGCCGCCGAGAACUCCCACGCCUCCCGCGGCCCUCCCCGCCCCCUCCGCCGCUCCCUCCAGGUCGAUCGCACUUUGCUCGCCGCCGCGCCGCCGCUUCCCUCCCUCUCAACGAGCUUCGAUAUCACGAUGCAGGGGCUGGACCCGAGGUCGAUCGCGAACCUGUUCUCCGACGCGGUGUGCAUCGGCGAGAAGAUCAUCACCGGGGAGGAGUGCUUCAUCCUGAAGCUGGAGGCGAGCGCGGCGACGCUGCGCGCCCGGAGCGCGGCGGCGUUCGACAUCAUCCACCACACGGUGUGGGGCUACUUCAGCCAGCGCACGGGCCUGCUCAUCCAGUUGGAGGACUCGCACCUCCUCCGCAUGAAGUCCGGCAAGGGCGCCCGCCGCAGCGAGAACAUCUUCUGGGAGACCACCAUGGAGUCCACCAUCUCCGACUACCGCCACAUCGAUGGCAUCAACAUCGCCCACGGCGGCCACACCGCCGUCACGCUCUUCCGCUACGGCGAGGGCUCCGUCAACCACAAGCGGAAGCUGGAGGAGACGUGGACGGUGGAGGAGGCCGACUUCAACCUGUACGGUCUCACCACCGACUACUUCCUGCCGCCCUCCGACCUCAAGAAGGACAUCGACGAGAAGCGCGCCGGCUGACCCGCCCGGCUAGAAUAAGAUCCCAUGCAGGCCUGAAUUUUGGUAGAGGUGGCCAUAGGUGUAUGGGGUUUGUUCUUGAUUCCUUAACAUUUUUUUUCUUCUUCUUUUCUUGUCUAAUUGCAAAGUAAUUCAACCAUGAUCCAGGAAUAAAAUUACUUAAAAGGGUUCAUUUUUUUAGGACAAAGCAUGGCUGCUGCAAAAAUAUAGGUGGAUAGGAGCUUGACUGUUUCUGUUUUUAAAAGCUAUUGUAAGAACUGUGAUGCCAUUUAUCAUUUGAAUGAUUCAAACGUUUAAUUCUGGACAGGUA